AUGAAUGUUCGUCUAAUGCCUUCAUUUGAAGGCGUCAUCUCUAUUUCUGUUUAUGAAUGCUGUCCACAGAAAUCACCACUGGCGUUUCAUUUUCGAGUGGUGUCACAAUCAGAUUAUUCCGAGUGUCCCAAAAUCCUUAUUUUAUCAUCCAUCCAUACGGGCGCAAGUAAGAAAGAGAAGACAUCACAAGUAGUGGAAGAAAGAUAA